AUGCACAGACACAUGAACAACGAGGAAAAUGGAUUGACUGAGUGCACCAUUAAACCUAACACUCACAAGACGCCAAGAGAAGCAGGAACAGAGACAAGAGUAGCAGUAGAUGACACACAAACCAAGAGAGCGGCACUGGCUGAGAACGAGGUACACACUCUCAAGGAACAGCUGGAGACAGUCAAGUGCCAGAAACUGAAGGAAAGCAACAACAACAACAGCAGCAACAACAACAACAUCAACAGCAGCACCAGUCCUAACAACAACAACAACAGCAGCAUCAGCAACAGCAACAGUAUCAACGGGAACAGCGUGACCAACAGCAGCAGCAUCCCCUCCACUACCACCACUACCUCUUCCUCCUCGUCCUCUUCCUCUUCCUCCUCCUCCUCCGCCACGACGACUUCCACCACCACCACUGCCACGAGCCCCACAGACACGGGAAUAGACUUGGUGGACUCGUCUGAAGUCUCUGAAAGAAUAGGAACGAAGACACCUAUGGAGGACAUCAUUCAGUCUAAAGAAAAAGAGGUACGUGGAGCUUCGAUGUACAGCUCUACUUCAUCUCUGUCACUCCAGGAAGCCGCAGAACUUAACUUUGAGGAUAUUAAAGGCAUUCGCGUGGUGCGGCGCCCUUACAUCACGCUGCAGACUGUAUUAGUAUUGGUGUUAGUGUAG